AUGGGGAAGAGGCUGACGGUGGGGAACGGUGAGGUUACAUGCGAUGGCAGCGACAGCGAGAUGGGGGAGGUGGCGGAGGAGGGCACCCGUGAUGCAGAUGAAGAAGAGGUUGAUGGCAUGGAAGGAGAGGUGGGGAACGGCGAGGUCACAUUCGAUGGCUGUGGUCCAUGGGUGGUGGAGGCUGAGGAGGCCAUCGUGGUCGGGGAGGGUGAGAAGAGAAGCAGCAUCUGCAUUCAGAGGGGAAGGAUGCUAAUGUUCUCGAUGCCAUGGGGGGAGGCCAGAGGUGGUGGGAGGGAAGGGGUAGAGGAGGGUGAGGAGGAGGAGACCGGCAAUGGCAGCAUGAUCGAUGGUUGGCUGGAUGAGGGCGACGGUGGUCGGGGUGAGGAGGAUGGUGGAGUCGACGCCGUAGGUGGUGAAAAAUCGGGCAAUGUCGACCAAGGGAUUAUGUGGCCCGUCGCAAAGAAGGGAUCAUGUUAA